AUUAGAUGGCUAAGCAAUAAUUUAAAAACAGUUGCUAAUACACCGCCACGAGUCACAGACUGAGACAACACUAGCGUGCAGUGUUUGUUGAAAUAACAUUAGCCUUUUUGGCUGAGGAGGUAGUGUACACUGCUAAUCGGCAGGAGACGCCGCGGAUUAUGGCGACAACGCCGUCCAAUGUGUCGCAGUUGACGGUGGUGGUGGACACCGGGGUGCCCUCCACCGGGUUCAUCGUGUGGAGCGCGUCGGGGGUGUUCCUGAUGAUCCCGGGACUGGCGUUGUUCUAUUCGGGCCUGUCGCGCUACAAUAAUGCCCUGUCGCUGAUGAUGCUGUGCAUGCUGUCGGCGGCCAUUGUCACCAUUCAGUUCUUUCUCUUCGGCUUCAGUUUGGCUUUUUCGGAGUCGGGCGGCCCGUUCAUCGGGGACUUCACGGUCGGCGCCAUCGGGACCCUGGGAAGCCACGCCCUCCCCAACACCGCCCCGGCCAUCCCCUCCAUCGCGUUUAUGUUGUACCAGAUGCAGUUCGCCGCCAUCACCGCCGCCCUCAUCUUCGGCUCGGUCCCGGAGCGCACCCGCUUCGUCCCGGCCAUGGUCUUCGUCUUCCUGUGGACGACCCUGGUGUACGACUUCGUCGCCUAUUGGUCCUGGGCCGACCACGGCUGGAUCCGCAAUUUCGACUGCAUCAAACAGCUGAGCGACCCCACCCAGAAACCCUGCAUGAUCGGCGGGUAUGACUUCGCCGGUGGCGGACCAGUGCACAUCGCCUCCGGCUUCACCGGGCUGGCGUACUGCCUGAUCAUCGGGAAGCGCCGGCGUAUCCACGAGGAGCACCACAGCCUGGUCAAUGUCAUGUUCGGGACGGGGUUACUGUGGACCGGGUGGUUCGCGUUCAACGGGGGCUCCGCGUUGUCCUCCAGCACGCGGGCGGCCAUGGCGGCGACCUGCACGACCCUGUCGGCUGCAUCCGGGGGUUUAACGUGGAUCUGGUAUGAUUGGCUGUUCACCCGGAAGUUGUCGGCGCUGUCGUUCUGCUCCGGGGUGGUGGCCGGGUUGGUGGGCGUGACCCCGGCGGCGGGGUUUGUGGCGCCGUGGGCGGCGGUGGUCAUCGGGAUUGUGACGGCGGUGUUCUGUAAUCUGUGGUGCCGGUUGAAGCGGAAUUUCGGGUUUGAUGAUUCGUUUGAUGCGUGGAGUGUGCACGGGUCGGGCGGGUUCAUCGGGAGCCUGCUGACGGCGAUCUUCGCGCAGAAAUGGGUGGGACGGCUGGAUGGGACGGAGAUCGAGGGCGGCUGGCUGGAUCGCAACUGGAUACAGAUGGCGUAUCAACUGGGCGGUUCAGCAGCUAUUGCGGUGUGGUCAUUCACGGUCAGUAUAAUCCUGUUGGUCAUCAUAAAUAAAAUUCCCGGACUGCAUCUGCGUCAGAGCGACGUGGACGAAGUGAUGGGCGGAGAUUUUGCCGAGAUGGGCGAGGUGGGCUACCUGCUGAUCAUCACGGAUCCCAGCGCCGAGCCGGAACCCUCCACCGUCCCGGUAGGCACCCUCCUGGAUGGCCGGCGCGUCUCCGUGGCCGACUCCAACUACCAGAAGCACAUCGAGCGACGCCGGUCGUCGCUGCACUCGCUGUCCAACCACUCCUUCCGCAAAUCCAAACUCGUGGCGCUGCAGAACAUGGUGGCCGACCACCACCACCACAACCACCACCGCGGCGGCGGCCACCUGGCGCUGGACACCGUCACCGAGGCAUGACGGGCCGGCCCGCACCUGGAACGGCAGAAACGCUGGGUCUGUCUCAGCUGAGCCGCCGUCCGUGUGCGGGCGCCUACGACACAGCGUGGCGCAUCUUCUAUCAAAAUCUUUCGGCUGUCUAUAGCAACCAACACCUUUUCUGGGAUCUGAUGAGCGUCCUGUUCUUGUCAACGAUAAAUCACAUAAAGAUGCGCCGCGCGGUGAAGUAUUGAAAAAUGACGGUGCAGUUUGAGAUGAUCGACAGCGUGUCCUUAAAGUGGAUGACUCUUUAACAGUGCACAAUUUGUGGCUGGCUAAGCACUUGUUGCAGCGCUUACGCUUUGUAUAUAACGCUUCACACAUGUUUUUUUUGCAGUGCUUUCUUGUUGUGCUUCUUUGGCUUGCAUCAAGCAUUUAUCAAACGGCAAUUAAAAUCAACUGA